AUGGACGCUGUGAAGCUGGAGAAGCCGCAACCUCCGCCGCGCAACGAGCCGGAUCUCCAGCCGGUGAAUGGGAUCGUCCAGCCGCCGGUCAUCCCGCCGCCAAAUCGUCCUGGUCGCCGGACCAACGUUCUGGAGGAUCUCAAGUCCGUGCUGAGCUGCGUCUGGCGGAGUCGCUGUUCGUAUCACUUCCGCCAUCCCGUGGAUGCCGUGACCUUGGGCGUGCCCGAUUACCACACGCUGAUCAAGCACCCGAUGGACUUGAGUACGAUCAAGAAGCGAUUGCACAACAACUACUACUGGCAGGCGGACGAGGCCCUGGAUGACUUUGAGCUGAUCUUCGAGAACUGUAUGCUCUACAAUCUGGAGGGCACCCCGGUUCAUGAGGCGGGCAAGGAGCUGCGGAACCUCUUCUACAGCCGACUGGCCUCGAUUGAUCUGAGCAAGGAGGUGGAACUGAAGCCCAAGACGGAGAAGCGCAAGAGAAGGGCUGCCGACACGGGAAUGGACUCUUCGCCCGCACCUUCGGUGGAAUCUCCCCGAGCUCCUCCCACUCAUUAUCCCGUUCACUGGCCUUUGGGUCGAUCUUCCAGACAUUUUACUACGCCCGUUUCGAGCGCAGCUCCGGUUCAAACACCCUUUCGAAACUUCGUGCCGCCCAAUCUGAUCCCAAACUAUAUACCCGGUUCCUUGGUUAAUCCUUGGUUACCAACUCCACUAAAUAAUCCCUGGGAGCUGCCUAUGGGAAAUCAUUUAACAUUGCCGCCAAAAAAACGGGCUAGUCCUCCCAUGAUCCACCGGCCAAUUGUCCUGCCACCUCCAUUGACUACUGCUCCCGUCGAGCCCAUCUAUAUGCCAUUGCCAAAGACGCCAUCUCCAUCUCCACCACCAGCUGAAGCUCCUCCAUCACCGCCUAAACCCAAACCACCUGUCGUCAUCUGUUAUAAAUCUCUGGAUCGGCUGAUCGAAAAAAGCCAUUGCGAUCAUCUGCUGAAGUCAAUGGUCAAGCGAAAACGCAAACAGUUCACAUGGGCCUUCAAUCGGGCGGAGUACUGGCGAAGGUAUUCCCAGAAUUCGGACUACGACCAUGAUCGCGAAGAGAAACUGGAUUGGAAGGUCCUCCAGGAUCGCUUGGACUCCGAUAAUUUCGAGAGCCUUGACGGCUUCGUGGGCUCGGUGCGAAAGAUGUUCCAGAAUGCAUUGCGCUGUUUUCCGGAAGAUGGAUUGGUCAAGACGUCUGUGAAGAAGUCCAACGAGAUCUUUGAGAAGAGGCUGCCCAAGUACAGGGAGCUGAUAGCCCAGGCCAAGGAGAAAGCCCGGGCAUUGGUGGCCAGCAAGAAACAAGAUAUGGAAAAAGCGGAAACCGAUAAAGGUACCGAAAAUGAUUUGGAAAAAAUCCCAGAAUAUAUCAAAAUGGAGCCUUUAAAUGGGGAACCUGAUAGUAAAAAUGAAACGGUAAAAUAUCCUAGUUUAGAAAGAAGUCCAGUUCACGGCGAUGUGAAAGCCCCUGUGGAUAUAUAAAGU